CCGCGACCCACGCGUAUAACCAGCACAUGGCCAUAUUAACCUCAUCCGUCAUGGGUAUCUGGUUGAGCAUCUCGGUUAAUUGAAAUUUAGACGAGGUAGUCCGCGAGGGAUACUUCGUGAUCGUGUUGUGAGGAGCUCAGGAUUCGAUCCAACCGAAGCCACUCGAACAACAUGCCAUGCGUGACCUAUCGCCAUCUCGAUCCUGGUCAAGCCAAGAGACGCUUUGUCGCUGCGGGAACUGACAUCUGUAUGCAGGUUUUCUGGAAGAAGAAAAGAUUCCCGAUUACUUUACCUUGGUUGAUAUUUCGGGAAUUUAUUGCCGCCAUGACCACGUUUACGAAGCUUAGUGACCGGGAUGCGCCGAGUAUUUCCAUCCACCCAACAAGACGCCUUUCCAAGAUUAACCCAAACAUCUAUGCGGGGUUCACGGAGCACAUGGGCCGGUGCAUCUACGGGGGAAUCUAUGAUCCGGGUAACCCAUUGUCAGAUGAGAAUGGCUUUCGAAAGGAUGUCCUCGAGGCUUUAAAGGAUCUCAACAUCCCUGUCGUCCGCUAUCCUGGUGGAAAUUUUAUGGCGACAUAUCAUUGGAUCGACGGAGUUGGCCCAAAGGAGAAACGGCCUGCUAGACCCGAGCUGGCAUGGCUGGGAACAGAGACGAACCAGUUCGGAACUGAUGAGUUCUUGAAAUGGUGCGAAGUCCUUGGAACUGAGCCCUAUUUCUGCUUGAACUUUGGAACAGGAACCCUUGAUGAAGCACUGGCCUGGGUCGAGUACUGUAACGGCACCAAAGACACUUACUAUGCCAACCUUCGACGAAAGAAUGGCCGCGAGGAGCCAUACAAUGUCAAAUACUGGGCCCUUGGUAACGAAACCUGGGGCCCCUGGCAAGUCGAACAGAUGACCAAGGAAGCAUAUGCUCACAAAGCCUACCAAUGGGCCAAAGCCCUAAAGCUCCUCGAUCCCAGCCUCAUCUUGGUCCUUUGUGGACAGGACGGCACAGCUUCAUGGGACUACUAUACCCUCAAACACUGCCUGCUCCCAGCCCACUCUCCCCUAUCCACCAGCACCGUCCCCCUCAUCGACAUGCACAGUAUCCACCUCUACACAUCCUCCACCUCCCACCUCCCCAACGUCACCGCCCCCCUAGCCGCAGAGCGUGCCAUCGAAAUCACUUCCUCCCUGAUCGACCUCGCCCGCAUCGAAAACGGGGUCCCCCCCGAGCAACACCGCCCCACCAUCUGCUUCGACGAAUGGAACGUCUGGGACCCCAUCCGCGCAGAGGGAAGCAAGGGCGCCGAAGAAUCCUACACCCUCUCCGAUGCACUGGCCGUAGCCGUCUACCUUAACGUGUUUGUCCGGAAGAGCAAAGACGUGGGCAUGGCCUGUAUCGCGCAGACCGUUAAUGUCAUCUCGCCCUUGAUGACCAGUAAGGAGGGCAUCACGAAGCAGACAACGUGGUGGCCGCUGUAUCUGUUUUCGAAGUAUAUGCGGGGCUGGACUAUCGGUGUGCAUGUUUCUUGUGCUACUUAUGAAGGUGAGACGUCUCCGAAGUGGGUGCGUGGUGUGAAGGAUACGCCCUGGUUGGAUGUGAGUGCUACGCUGGGUGAAGAUGGGUAUGUGAAUGUUGCGGUGGUGAAUAUUGAUGAGGAGAGGGGGAUUCAGUGUAAGAUUGAGGGGCCAUCGGGGAGUAUUUCUGUCUUCACGGUUACGGGGGAUGGUGUGGGGGCGUGUAACAUGAACGGGAAGCAGGAGGUCGGAGUGACGGAGAGUACAUGGGAGGCGACGGGGUCGUAUGUGUUCCCGAAGCACUCUUUGACGUUGUUGAGAUGGAAGGCAGAGUAG